CCCGUGGUGUUCGCCCGUUCCGUCGCUUCCGUCACUUCCGUCUACGCGAUCACCUAUCCGGCGCGAUUAGCGAUUAAAUAAAGAAGGACAGCUACACAAGAUUCUUCGAACGAACGUCGCGUAAAGAGAGGAGAAAAAAAGGGAGUGCACGCCGGUGAAAGAGAGAGAGAGAGAGAGAUAGAGACGGAGACGGAGAGACGAACGAGCCGGUCGGUGCAGAAGUGCGCGCAGGUAACACGGGCGUCGGGCGGAGUUAACACGAGGGAGAACGGAGCAGAACGAAGCAGAGGAUGUAGGAUCGCGCCGGUGUCAAAGGGAGACGGAAGAGACGACAACGGCGGUAGUGGCACUAGUGGCGGCGAUAGGAUAGGUAGGACGCGGUCGGGGGGGAGGCGAUCGACUACGUUCAGCGGCUGGCGGGCGAGCGAGGCAGCGAGCGAGCGGCAUAGGCGAGAGACUCGUCGGCGGCAGUGGACGGACGGACGGCACGGCAGCGGACGGCGGCAGCGUCGGUGCUAAAAGGCGGGGACGGUCGUCGCUCGAGCGUGACCGCGUGUGUGAUCUUAGCAGCGCGGCGCCAGCCCAGAGAGUGUCCAGUGUCCAGUCCCUCUCCCUUUCUCUCUCUCUCUCUCUCUCUUUCACCCGGUUCGCCUUGGUUCGUCUCUCUCCUCCGUGCCUUCGCGUGUGCGUCUCUCUCUCCUCCAUCUCCGUCGUCCCUCUUCUUCCGCUUCGCCUCCCCCUUUCCGUGCAUCCACCGCCGGGCGACGUAGAAGAGGAGGAAGACGACGACGCGUGCCCGCUCGACGGCCGAAGAAAACUUGCGGCCGACGGCGGGCAGUCGUUACUCGAGUUUACCGAGCCGCAACGGCGAGAGGCAUAAUUUCUCGUCAUUCACCCGUUCGUUCGUUCGCUCGCUCGCUCGCUCGCGGCACACUUCAUCACGAGGUCGCGGCCGCGCGGGAAGAAACCGACCGACCGACCGCCGGCGCCGAGGGGAAGCGACGACGAUCACGGAAGAAGAGAAGCGGCGCCGAGGUUGUUGCCUCCGCGCUCACAGUUUUCCGAGGGAAGGUGGUGUGUCGUGCGUUUAUGUGCGCGGUCAGGUGACAAAGGGAGAGACAACGACGACGAACGCGGGGUGUUGUCGCUGCUGCUGCUGCUGUUGCCGUCGCCGUUGCCGUUACUCCAUCGCUGCUGUUAACGUUGCCGCGAGAUCACGUAAUCGCCGACGUGCUGCUGCCGGCUACGCGCUGGUGCUCGCGAACGAAGGGUGCUCGGUGGCGACGACGGACGGUAACCGGAGCGGACCAUCCCACGGGGGCGGCGAGGAGAAAAGGGACGUGGAAUAGCAGAUACUGUUCAAGAUGACGAGCGCAGUGACGAGCCUGGUGCAUAGUUAUAGGGACCUUAUGGACAAUCAGUCCGAUUCCAGGGUGAACGAUUGGGUGAUGAUGAGCAGUCCCUUCCCAACCGUGGCGAUAUGCCUGUCGUACGCUUACUUUAGCAAGAUUCUGGGACCGAAACUGAUGGAAAAUAGAAAGCCUUUCGAUCUUCGGGGGGUCCUUAUAACGUAUAACUUCCUACAGACCCUCUUUUCCACGUGGAUAUUCUACGAGUAUCUUAUGAGCGGUUGGGCGAAAGGUUACAGCUUCCGAUGCCAACCGGUGGAUUAUUCGUCCAGCCCGAUGGGCCUCAGAAUGGCAAGAACCUGCUGGUGGUACUACUUUAGCAAAUUUACCGAGUUCUUCGAUACGCUGUUCUUUAUUCUGAGGAAAAAGAACCAACACGUCUCAACGCUUCACGUAAUUCAUCAUGGGGUAAUGCCUUUUUCCGUGUGGAUGGGAGUAAAAUUUGCACCGGGCGGCCACAGCACAUUUUUUGCCCUCCUAAACACCUUCGUACACAUCGUGAUGUACUUCUACUACAUGGUAGCCGCGAUGGGACCACAGUUCCAGAAGUAUAUCUGGUGGAAGAAGUAUCUCACUACCAUGCAAAUGAUACAAUUCGUGAUGAUCAUGAGCCAUCAGUUCCAAUUGCUCUUCAUCGAGUGCAACUAUCCGCGCGGUUUCAUGAUCUGGAUCGGCUUGCACGGUGUCCUGUUCCUCGGGCUGUUCUCGGAUUUCUACAAGACGAAGUACACAGGCGGCACGAGGAAAAACUCCGGGAAGAAGAUGCAAAACGGUACGUCCGGUGGAGGAGCUUGCAUGCCGGUUUUGGAUGAUAACGACAGUGCGACGCACAACGGCGUGUCCUCGUACACCACGAUCUACAACAAGGAGUACAACAGCUGUUACAGCAACGGCACGAACAACGGUUACGUCGCCAACAAUAACAUUACGGAGAAAAAACUCGCUUAGGACACGUGGGAAACUCGAACACUUUUUUCGGUGUGCCGGUCAGCUGCUCGUCUUGUCGUACCUACAAUUACCGUUCGUCUAUCGUGAAAAAUCAUUUCGCAACAUGUCCACAAACUUAGGCGUGAGAAACACGAAGCCAAAUUACACGCGUGUGUAAAGAGGACAAAGAGACGAGAUUCUCGGAUGAAAGAAUGGCAUGCAUAAAAAACGAGACGUCUCGUUAAAUAUUCUGCAUUGUUAGCAGAGCAGUAGUUGUGUUCACUAACAUAGUAUCAUCGACGACAGGGCUGUUACGACGUUCGUGUUAAAAAUAAUAGGAAGGGAAAGGAGAAAAAAAAUAAAUGCUGUACUGCAUGGUCGCUAGAAAAAAAAAAUAUUGCGGAAUCUUCAUUUCUGAGUUUUGGUGAGAUUUGGCGUCGUUGAAUUAGUGAUUUGUGAUCUGCCAUACGAAAAUAGAACAUCGAUAAUACUAUCGGAAAUUGUUAAUAGUACAGAUAAGAACAUUAGCGCAAAAAAAAAACGAGAAGACUACUUUUAUGGUUUUCAUAUUUGACAUUAUAGAAACUACGCUGCGAUUUAUAAAAAUCUUUAAAUUGCGACUAGUAGUUUGUGCUAAUUAGAGAGAGAUCGCAUUCGACGUGAAUGUGAGAACAAGCUGGGUAAUUAAAGCGCACACGUACAUGACGAGGAAUGUAGAGCAUUCGUCGUUGAUAAUUAUACAAGCAAGAACGGCGUGUUCGCUGAGCGUGCAAUUUUUUUUGUACUGGUUACGUAUGUAUCGAAUACGAGUGUGGAUGUUUCUUAGUCGUACGUAAUUUUUCAUGGCAUCUCCCAUUGAGGCACAUUGCUGAAACUGAACCAUUUUUCUCCUCUUACUAUCAUUACCAACUCUGUCUCUUUUUCUAGCUCCAACUGUGUUCAGAACUCUAGUGUUCUUAAAAAUUAUAAUCAGCGUGCAAACGAAUUCGGCCAGAAUAUCGUACGACAGAGUUGGCUAAAAUUAUAUUGGUAAUUAUAAGCUAAUGAUUCGUAAAAAUGAUCAACAAGUAAUUGGAAACUGCCUCGUUUCUUUUUCCCCAACAACUGUCGAGUUUUUCUCAAGAUAAUUAUAUAUCUUGCCAUUAUUUAAUCAAUUUUUCAAACAUGACAACAUUAAAUUAUUAUGAUCUUAAAUUUACCCUGUGUUUGUUCUAAAUUUUUUUUAUUUUAGGUCCCCAUUUAUCCUAUUUAUAAAAUGUAUUUUUAUUUAUAUAUUGUCCCAUAUUUUGUCCGAAAAUAUAGCAAUAAUUUAUUUAACAUUGAUAAUUUCUGCUUUUUAUCGCUCGUCGUUCCCUAACUUCACGGAAGCCUUACGAAUUAUUAGCAGCAUGUAUCAACGUCAUCGGCUAUACCUACAUAAUUUCCCACAUAUUUAAUUCACUGCGUAGCUUGAUUCUACUACUGACGGUACGGUGACGUCUAUAGUAAGCUGCCGAAAAGAAUUUGCUCGAAUUUGCUUUGAUCGCUUUGUAUUCAAACACGAAUAGCAAAUGUAAGCCGCACUGCGGCUUGUUAUUAUCGUGCACGACGCGACACGGGCGCUUUAAUCGAUCGGAAAAGGUACACGGCAUUCAUGUCGCGAGAAUCACGAAGCUCUAGUGUCGUAGAAUCAAGCUUCAAGAAAGGGAGCGCGCACCGUGCUAAGCGAGUGCUCUCUUACACGCAAAUCCGUAAUAAGUUUUGAUCACGCGGUCGCGGAGGAGCCGAACGAGUGCGAAUGUGCCUCGAAGUUAUGUAUACACAUACACGCGGAUAAUACUAUAUUCGAGGGGGAAGGGCAAAUGUUUAGAGAUCGUAAUAGUCGCACUACAAGAUUAAUAUAUUUGUACACACUUCCUAUUUUUAUGAAUAUAUUAUUUAUGGUGAUCCAGACUUAAAUAAAAAUCUCUGAUGAUAAAACGUUUUUCUCUCGACUGUAAUAAAUUCAACCUCGGCUAUUUUUACAGGCGAAUAAGCUAAGCUCUAGCGAACGAGAGUGAGAACAUUUAAACGUUAUAGUCUUACAUCGUGUUCGUCAUAAUGAGCUUCCUCAUGAAAGUAUACACACAUCGGAUGACGAUUAGUCCGCGAGACAAACGGAAACGAGCGUUCGUCAUCGAAAAGCGUUCGCGCAUUUCUUUUUAUUUAUGCGUUUAUACAACGAGUCUCGCAUUUGUAAAACGUUUAAAUCCUGCUUUAUCCAAACGCGAUGACUUCUUCGAUUAAAACGCAGAAGCGCAUAUAGGGUGAUGUAACUUACGUAAGUCCCCGGAAUUAUAAAAAUGUUAAACAAUGGGACUAUGUAUAUUUAAUAGAUUAUUACACAUAGAAUUAAUUUAUGUACGUAAACGCGUCUCCUAUGUUUCUGUUUAUUGCAAUGCAUUUCGAAAUUGACAUUGCGGUCGCCGAUUUUGCAUCGUCAAUUUUGUUAUUCAUUUAUCGAGGCUUUGCUUUGUCGCUCCGGUUUCAGUAUAAGCGUAAUGGUGGUCAUUGUCAUGUCUCCAUUAUAACGAAAUACGAAUGACAACGCAUACGCAUAAUCUGAAAAACUGCCGUAAUUGAAUAAGAGCGUGCACGAAAUUUCGUAAGAGGCGUGUGAAUUAAAAAGCGGAAACCUAAAUUAAGAGAAAUAUUUAGCGAGUUCUCUCAAAGCGUUGGAAGAUAGAGCUUUACGUAAUUUUUUUAUCUUACGCACAAUAAAAAAAAAUGCGAUAAAAAAGUAAAGUUACUUCCUAACUAGUUAGACGCCUAGAUGAUAGUUAGGCGUACUGUGUUACGUUACCUUAGUCUUGUUUAAGUUGUGAUAUUGCGGUGUAACAAUACUAAUUAACAUGUUUAAGAAGAAAAGAAAUUUGGCGAAAUAAACGAUGCAGCGUAUUAUAACUUUUUUUAUGAGUAUCUUCACAAAUAACCGUUUUUAGCGAGAAUAGUAGAUCACAUUAGGACUGGAAGACUAGUGAAGGAUCCUGUUGCUUGACACAAAACGCACAGAAUCGAAAGAUUGCGCAAAACGUUUGCGUUCCUCACCGAUAAACGGAUUGUGAAACUGUUAUUAGCAGAGAUCAGGGAAAUCUUCCGAUUUUUUAUCCUUAUUAACGAACGCAAUACUUUUCCUAGAAUAUUACUGCUUCUAUAUUUUGCACUUUAUUAACAUAAGUAAGCCAGCGAGGGCUUUUUUCUCACGCAUUGACCGCACAAUAUUUUUCUAACGGGAAACCAGAUUGACUGCAACAGCUAUCUGCGAUUUCGCAGUAUAGCUUUAAUCCUUCAUAAAUCUUGUUAUUUAUCGAGGAAAUGACUAUCAUUAUUUAUGACGGGGUAAUUACUAAUAUUAAUAAUAUCUCAUUCUUCUUAUAUUUCCAACAACAGUUUUACGAAACAAUUCCGGAAGUUUGUAUGAAAUAAAACAACCGAACAUACGCCGUAUUUUACUUGUUUUCAAAUUUAUAAUAUUUUAUUCUUAAGGUUAAAAUCUUUAUAUUUGAAUGUUUUACUAAAACAAUUGUUUAUAUUGUUUGAUUAUCGAUAAGUUACAUGUAAGUUACAUAUAAAACGCAAAGAUCCGCGUAGUAUUUGAGGGCUGAAUAAUAAAGCGAUACUUUUACAUGUACAUAACGAGCGAUCUGUGCGCGUAUGGUGUGCUAUCACGUUUCACAAUUUCAUGUGUUUUCAAGCGCACUUAGUAAGAUCUACCGAGAAGUGCGAGAAACUGCGACAAUGAGAGAGCGUAUCGCGUCAUGUACCUAAACAUUACGAGCUCUGUAAUGAUUCUCAUUAUAUUUUUGUACAUAAUUGGGGAAAAUUACGAGAGAAUAAUAAAAUGAUUGAAAUGAAAAAAA